AUGGCUUCAAGUCAAGCUAGGCACUCUACGUUUAGAAGGACUUUAUUCGUUAGUCAACUGGAGAAAGCCAAGGAAAAGAAACAUCCUUUGAGCACUAUCCCCGUAACAGAAACUGGCAAGCCGAGCGACACACCUUAUGAACCUGAAAAAGACAAACCUGGAGAAAAAGUAUAUUCCUGUGCGACUGAAAAGAAGAAGGCAGUUAACACGGGUUUAUCGUCUUUGCGAGUUGGGGCUGGACAAUACUCUGACCGCUGGGCAUUUGGCUCCACAAUCAAUUUUGCUGCUUUCGCAGAGGGAUAUCCCGAGAAGAGAUAUGCUCUACUAGCCGCAAAGGAGCUCGACAUGGCAGCCCAGGAGUGGAAUAACGUGAAGUUAGGUGUACAAUUCAAGCGGGUUUCAAACCUCGAAGACGCUGCAUUCGUUCUUGCGUAUGGAGGUGAUAAUGGGGAUACUCUCGCCCAAGCAUUUUUCCCAAAUGGUAAAGAUCUCAACACGCUUAAUGUUUACCAGAGGGCGUUCGAAGGGAAAAAUAUUAAGAUGCUAAAGAAUAUCUUCCUACAUGAGCUUGGACAUGUGUUAGGCUUGCGUCACGAAUUUGCGGCCGAGCGUGAGGCAGGAGUUCGAUCUUCUCAGAUCGGCACGGCAAAUCCCAAGUCUGUUAUGAGCUACACAUUUCCUCCUGAGAUCCAGGAAAGUGACGCAGAAUAUGCCCGGCAAUUCUACAGCUUGCUUCCCAUCAGAGACUUUGAGCCGGACAAUUAA